AUGUUAGUGUUGUACCCCAGGAAGCUGCCUCUGGGCCUGGGGCAGGUCAGGGCCACCAUAAAAGCCAGUGCGACUCCUCGCUCUCUCAUCCACUUCUCUUGUCUCCUUCUCCUUGGGAAGCAGGUGUACCUCUGGCCCAGAGAAAUGUCCUGCUACAACCAGUGCCAGCCCUGCCAGCCCUGCGGCCCAACCCCGCUGGCCAACAGCUGCAAUGAGCCCUGUGUCAGGCAGUGCCAGAACUCCAUAGUCGUCAUUGAGCCCUCCCCCGUGGUGGUGACCCUGCCCGGCCCCAUCCUCAGCUCCUUCCCACAGAACACCGUUGUGGGCUCCUCCACCUCCGCUGCUGUUGGCAGCAUCCUCAGCCGUGACGGAGUGCCCAUCACCUCUGGGUGCUGUGACCUCUCCUGCAUCACCAGCCGCUACUGUGGCAACAGGUGUCAACCCUGCUAA